AUGGCGCAGCAACAAGCAAGGCAGGCACUACGGCGCCUGUCCCAGCAGUUUCAAGAGCAGGCCAGACAAGGCUACCAGCGUGGUGGUGGGAGCAGCUCAGGAGGCAGUGGCGGAGGGGGUCCCGGAAAUGGGCUUCGCAACGCCUUGGGCGGCGGGGCUGGCCUGUUCCUCCUUAUUGGUGGCGGUCUGGCGAUCAAUGCCAGCUUGUUCAAUGGUAAGUAGUGCUUCUUGAUGCAUGGAGGAGACUCAUCGGGGUUUGGGAAGAAGAUUUGCCGUCCGACCCGCAUUGCUGGGUAGUUUUAGCAGUCGCGGCUCUCAGGACGGCGCACCAUGCUAUGUGCUAGCGAAGUGAUGACAGCAGGGCCACUGCGGCUGAGAGAGCCCUUUCCCGUAACCCCCUGGACGCUGCUCACGCGUGCUUGCUCGUCCUCGCAGUCGACGGUGGUCAUCGCGCCAUCAAGUAUUCUCGCCUUUAUGGUGUGAAGCCAGACAUCUUUGGAGAAGGGACGCACUUGAUGGUGAGUCUUCUCGAUGACCCCUCUGAUGCAACGUUGCGACAUCUGACUGAGCGUCGUGCGUCAUAUCUUGCUUAGAUUCCUUGGUUCGAAACGCCCAUCGACUACGACGUCCGAGCGAAGCCAAGAAGCAUCGCUAGUCUGACAGGCACAAAAGGUGCGCAUGCACGCGACUUUGUCCCUGAAUUGGGCAGUCAGCUCACUUUCUGUCAACCUUGAUCUCGGCUGCAGACUUGCAAAUGGUCAACAUCACCUGCCGUGUGCUUUCACGACCUAGCGUCAAUGAGUUGCCGAUCAUUUACCGAGAGCUGGGAAGCGACUAUGAUGAAAGAGUUCUCCCUUCAAUCGUGAAUGGUAAGCAUGUGCUGGCUGUGCCUUGCCCAAAUCUCACGAGCCUGGCUGCUGACGUACAAGCGUGGCACACAACUUCCGACCACAGAGGUGCUCAAAUCUGUCGUUGCGCAAUUCAAUGCGUCUCAGCUCAUCACUCAGCGAGAGAUGGUGUCGAGAUUAGUAAGAGAGAACUUGACACAGAGGGCGAGACGAUUCAACAUUGUUCUCGAUGAUGUGUCUAUCACCCACGUCGCUUUUUCACCGGAGUUCACCCACGCUGUGGAAGCCAAGCAAAUCGCACAGCAGACCGCCUUGCGCGCUGCCUUCCUGGUCGAUCAAGCCAUCCAGGAGAAGGCGUCGAUCAUCGUUAGGGCCCAGGGUGAAGCCAAGAGCGCUGUGCGUGUGAUCCCAAGACUCGUGCCACCUGCCAAGUUGCGACACUGCGCUGACUUCGCAACCCUCAAAUUUUCGCACAGGAACUUGUUGGACAAGCAGCCCGCGGGGGUUUCUUGCAACUGCGAAAGCUGGAAGCCGCGAGGGACAUCGCCGCUAUCCUGGCAAACAGCAGCAAUAGGAUCAUGUUGGACGCGGAUAGCCUGUUGCUCAACACGUAGGUACCGGGUGCAUUCCAUCGUCUCGUGUUGGGGUUUACAGUGGCGGCUGACCAUCCUCUCCUUCUCCUUGACGCAACUGAUAUACUGUAGCCAAGACAUGGACCCGGAUGCUGCCAGGAAGAAAAAGUAG